UCCCUCCACGAUGGCACGCAAGCUCAUGUACCCACGGAUCCUCGCCGUGCUCGCACUUGUCAUGGCAGCAGCAUGGACGCCGUGCUCCGCCGACACGACGGUGCCAACCAAAGGCACAGCAGCGGCAAGCGGAGACAGCGUACCCGUCCCAGCUGCUGCAGGUGCGCCGGUAAGUUCAACAGUCGCCGUACCCGCAGCCGGUGCAGUGGCGACGCAAGCCACGGCCACGAAUUCCAAGAAGAUCCCGUUGGCGCCACCAGACGUGGUCGAGCCGGCAGCAGAGGUGGUGUCGGCGCUGCCGGUGCCGGUGCCCGAGACUCUUCCCAGCGCAGAAGGCCUUGGAUUCGGCAGCAGCGGGUUCAACGGUGGCCAGGGCGGCUUCGGAUGCUGCGGAGGGUUCGGGUACAACGGUGGGCUCGGCUACAAUAACGGGCCGCUGUUCUUCAACUCGGCGCCGGCGAGAAGAUUGGGCAUGAGGAGCAUGGCGACCGGAAAUGGCCUCGCGGCUCUGCUGGUUGCUGGUGCUGCGGCCAUGUUUUAUGUGUCAUCUCCUUCUCCGUCGCCAACGUACAUCACCUACUCUAUGGCUCACAACCGCAUGUACCCAUGGAGCCUCGCACUGGUGGCGCUCGUUCUGGCCACGUCGUGGAUGUGCUCACUUCAACCAUGCUCCGCUGACACGAUGGUGCCUCAGCCGACCACGGCAGCGGCAAGCGCAGACAACGUACCCGUCCGACCUGCCGCAAGUGUGCCGCUUGGUUCACCGGCUCCCACACCCGCAGCCACACCGGCGACGCCAGCGAUGGCCACGGCGUCCAAGAAAAUCCCGCUGCCCGUGCCGGUACCCGAGACAAUUCCCGGCGCGGAAGGCCUCGGCUUCGGCGGUGGAUACGGCGGGCAGACGGUGCCCGGCGGCGGCCUCGGCGGGUUCAACGGAGACCAGGGCUUCUUCGGCGGAUGCUGCGGAGGCUUCGGGUACAACGGCGGUCCUGGGUACAAUAACGGGCCGCUGUUCUUCAACUCGGCGCCCGCAACAAGACUGAGGCUGAGGAUGGUGGCGACGGGCAACGGCUUCGCGCCUCUGCUGGUGGCUGGUGCUGCAGCCAUGUUUUACGCGUGAUUUGUAUUGUAUUUUACUUUUUCUUCUUAAUUUUGGCUGCAGAGAGCAGGCAUAUAUGGUUGCAUGAUUAACUAAUUUGUAUCACAGGUUAAUAUUUAAAGUAAG